AUGCGCAUGGCUCGUAUUCAAAAGAUUGUUCUCAACAUUGUCGGGCUUAUUACAGCGCUCUUUGCAUUUGCAUUAACAAUGUUUCCGAGAGACAACGUGUCUGAUGACUCGUGUAAGGCAAUGAUAUAUCUACACGCAUUGGGAGAUUUUAUGUUUGACGGAGCCUUGGCCAUUUUUAUUCUGUGGCGAGUGAGGGAAGUAGAAAGAAAUGUUAGGGAUUUGUCAAUCGGAUUGGUAUUGAUAUUACUGAGGUCGGUUCUUAAUAUUCUCUACAUCAGCCUUUUGUGGCCGACGGUUCUUUACGACCCAUCAUCCCUUUCAUCUGUCUGUUUACCCUUAUCAGGAAAUCGACCAUUACUAUACACUUACCGAUCAAUUGAUCUAAUGCUCUAUCUAUAUAUCGCAUUACGGUUGAUCCGUAUUGUUAUUCACUUCAGAAACCUUGCGGUCAAUUGCCAGGAAAAAGGAGAUGAAUUGGAAAAUGGUGAUAAAAAGAAGAAAAACAGCAUAUCCAUAUCCUGGAACUUGGUUCGAGUAAUAGUGGCGCUCUUCUGGAUUGCAGUUAAUAUAUGGAACGAAGGCCACAACAGUACCGAGAAUAACAAAAAUGACAAAAUGGUAUCAACUACGCUUUUGGCAAUCGCACAAAUAAGCGUAUCAUAUGCAAUAACCAUUUGCAUAUCUAUUCCUCCUCUUCAUCCAAUAUCUCUCGAUUCUUUCUUCUCGUACCAACAAUCCACUCCCAAGACCAGUUCCACUCCGCCGCCGCCACAGCAAGAAUCAAUAAUAACGCCGCUUCCAUAUAACCAGUCAGUCGGAACAUCUAUGGAGCAUCCACGAUCAACAGUCAUCGAACAGAUCGACGUGGAUAAGCUUGCGAUCGUGUCCAUGAAGCACUUGUCGUUUGGAGAAAUCAUUAAUGACAUGUUAUCGUGGCGUAGCAAGGGUAAAAAAAAGGAGAUGGAAAGAGAACGUGAGAAGGACGACGUAGAGGAAGGGAGAGCAGGUAAUGAGAGUCAUGAAAGAGAGGAAGAGACGAGAUAUGUGGAUAUGGAUGACGGUCAGCUUGAAACAGACAAAGACAAGGAUACAACGUCAACUCAGACGGCUAGCACAGAUUACGACAGCGAUGCAGAAACGAGCCGGAAUGAAGAAAAGUCGGGCAUUUAUGUUACUACUACAACAUUAACAUUGAAUGCGCGUGCAUCACAAAUGUCGAGAUUGGAGAAGACGUUUAAACAAGAUCUAGUGGUCGCUGGAUCCAGGAAGUUGAAUUGA